AGUGUCACAGAUGUUUUUUGUUUUGCAACACCAUCUUAGGGUGUUCAACUAAGAAAUCAACGACCACACUUAAACACGCCUCCUUCAGAGAUGUUUAUCGGUUUCUUUGUGCUUUAGAUGUUUUGGUGUGAAAUGUGGGGCAAUGCAAAGUCAGCCAAACAAAGAAGUAAAAGACCAAAUAGGGUGACAGGCAGAGCACCAUCCUUCUCUCAGAGUGACACUGGCCCCCAAACAGCAGAGAACUUCAGAUACAAACCACUGAGGUCUGAAUUACAGAGAAGAGACUCAUAAUACAAGAGAUCCUGAAGAUCCACACUCAGAGGUAUGGCGAGCUCUGAUUCAACUACAGAAGACUUUACAGGCCUAACUUUUGAUUAUGGGUUGAAUUACACUGAUUUUGAAGCCAACGUCACUGAAUUAGCAGAGCUUUGUGAAGCCAGCAGAGAGCAGGAGCUGACCAUUACUGCUGUCCAGACGACCGUCUUCCUCAUCGUCUUCAUCUUGGGUGUAAUUGGGAACGGGCUGGUCAUUGCCACAUUCGCGCUGUACCGCCGUCUACGUCUACGCUGCAUGACCGACGUCUUCCUCUUCUAUCUUGCUCUGUCUGACAUGCUGCUUCUGCUGACUCUUCCGCUACAGACAGGAGAGGUGCUGAUUGGCAGCUGGGUGUUCGGAGAGGCGCUGUGCAAGCUAAAUCGGGGCAUGUAUGCCAUCAACACCUGCAGCGGUCUGCUAUUGUUGGCGUGCAUUAGUGUCGAUCGCUAUUUGGUGGUGGUUCGCACCAAGGCGGUGCGGAAUAAGGGUUCUGGGAUGCUGUUUUACAGCACGCUUUCUGCGUUUGGCGUCGCAGUAACCUCUAUCAUCCUGAGCCUGCCAGACCUGUGCUUCAGCUCCAUAGACAACAACAUGGGUUCAGACGACCUCUUGUGCGAUAUGAAAGUUUGGGGCGAUGAAGUGAGUAAAUGGAAGCUGUGGGCCCAGAUGGCAAAGAUCGCAGGGUUCUGCAUCCCUUGCGUGGCGAUGGUGGUGUGUUACGGUGCUAUCGGACGCGUGCUGAUCCGUGCCGGUGGCAAAUGCUGGCGUAGACAGAGGACCCUGCGUUUGAUGGCAUUGCUGGUGGUUCUUUUCCUGCUUUUCCAGUUACCUUACACUGUGGUACUGCUGAUUAAAAUAUUCACACCCAAACCGAAAAUCUGCGAAAAGUGGACCAGGUUCCACCUCUUGGAAAACGUGACACGCAAUCUGGCCUGCGUGAGGUGCUGCCUGAACCCUCUGCUUUAUGCGCUGGUUGGCGUCCGAUUCCGAAAUGACAUCAUCAGGCUGUUGACGGAUGCUGGGUGUGUGUGUGCGUGUGUGUCGCAUAUAAUGCCUCACCAUGAGAACGGAAGCUCUGUUACGCCGUCCUCCCCGGCUCCAACCACUCUUUCACCCAUCUCCUCUACUUACCAAUCCUCCAAGAAAACACCUGGCUCAGACACACCUGCUGCAAACACAGGCCAAACAUUCAUUUUCCCCACACCUAUAUCUGGUAAAGUGACUUCGGUCAUAAGCUGGUGUCAUCAAUGACUUACCGGGCACAUCUGAUGACCUGCAAUAAAUUACUUCUCAGUUUAAAAGUGAAAAGAGACAGAGUUUCAUGUAUACAAAUCUUUUUUUCAACUUUCACAGCUUUAAAGGGGUCAUGAACUGCGUUGUUUUAUUGUUUUAUAAUGUUUCCUGGGGUGCACUUAUAAUGUUAGUAUGCUUUUUACAUCAAAAUUGUCAUAAUUUAGAAAUAAAAUGCUUUUUUUCCUACCCUGAUUUUAGCCCGCUUAUUUGAAUGCUCUGUUUUAAGGGGCGUGUCUGCUGUGAGACUUAAGUGUAAACGCCCACCUCUGUGAUUGGCUAACAUCUUUCCAUCUGAAAUAGCUAAGUAUUACUCUCUCUAAAACUUUUAGCACAUUUUUACUAUUACAGUUCUCAAGGUUAACUAAUCGUGAAAAGUGUUGAUUGUAGCAUUACAUUUAAAUCUAUGGCAUUAUAUUUAGAUCGUGGCAUGAAAAGUUGCAGUGAUGAACACUGUAGCCAAUCACAGACAUGAAGCAGAGAUCUCAUCAUUGCAACUCGAUUUUUGCACACUAACGAAUGCUUUCAUCAUAACUAACAGUGCAAAUGCUUUGUAACUAAGAGAAUCGUUCAAUAAAAUGGGAAUUUUGGCGCAAGUCCAGAACUCAGUCACUGAUAAACUUGCGCUGUUUGAUUGACAGCUCCUGCGAUUGUAAAGGGAGCGUGCAUUGAUCACUUUCUAUAUAUAAAUAACCAUAUUCCUAGCAUUAGGAUCCUUUGAAAGGUAAUGUUAUUUUUAGUCGUGUAUUGCUCUUCUCUCCUCGUCAUCUCACUAACAUGUCAGUGGGCGGGGCUAACAUUGCAAUGAUGAAGUAGGCGUUGAUUUCUUCUGUGGAGGCAGCAUUUCACAUAUCUAUGACAGGCACAUUCCAGGACCAAUCGUUCGCUGGGCCUGGUGUCAAUAAAAGCUUUUAUUGGACUAACAAUUAAGUUUUCAGUUUUGAAAAUUACAGGAUAUUCUUAUAGUACGAUGACCUCUUAUACAUCAAAGGCUCAAGUAAAAGUUGAUUUCUCAAUUCAUGACCCCUUUAAAUCAGCACCAUAAAAAUAUGAAAUCUUACUGAGGCUCAUAAUAAUUUUAUUUUCUCUUUAUUUAGUUUGUUGUGCUAGUCUAAAAAUGUUAGGUUUCAUAAUUUCUACAUUUUGACUGUUUUGGCUAACUUCAACAGAGCCAGCGAACAAAAACAGCAGGGUGUUUCAUUUGCUCCCAAUAACAUCCUGACUUCUUUUCCUGCUUACAAAGUUAAAAAAAAAUUAAUACAUUAAAAAAAUAUUUUGCUUUAAAUAAAUUGUGCAUAAUUUUUACCAUUAAAAUAAAUGUUUGUUGUA